AUGGACGCUCUUGAAAAAGUCCUCGCUCUCCUGAUCUACGGACAAGUCUUAUUCCCUCGUUAUGAAAAAAUCGUUAAUGUGAUUGCUAUUAAGAUCUUCCUCAGCAAUAAUCCCGUUCCUACCCAAUUGGGUGACUUGUUGCAUUCCAUCCAUCAUCGAUCAUCUAAAGGAAAAGGUUGUAUUCUUGGAUGCGCACCUCUAUUGCAUAAGUGGUUUAUUUCGCACUUAUCCCGUUCCACAAUAAAUAACGAAGAAGGUUUGACUUGGGUUCAGAGAAUUAUGAAGCUUUCCUACGACGACAUCAUUUGGAAUCAAAAAGAAUUUGAGGGAAUCCAGUUGUUUGAUUGUUGCGGAGAAUUCCCUAACGUGCCUCUUCUUGGUACCCGAGGGGGAAUAACCUAUAACCCCAUCUUGGCACAACAUCAGUUUGGUUUCGCUUUGAAGGACAAGCCAUGCUCCAUAUAUCUUAGUGGAGAAAACUUCGACUAUGAUUCAGAUACAUCUGGAAAGAAAAAACUUUUCAUUAGAGCUUGGUCUAAGGUAAAGAAAGUUGGUAUAAGAGAUUUGGGAAAUAGAAAUUACAUCCCUUCAGAUCUUUAUUUCAGAUGGAUUUACGACCGAGUUGUUGAAUUUGGGAUACCAUACCCAUCUGAUACACCUGUGGUCCCAAGGAUUACUCCCCCUGUUGUUCCUGUUGUGUUUGAACCGUAUGUUCCUUAUCCGAAUGAAGACCUUACUGCAACCGUCAACCAAUUGAAGAGAGAAAUGGAUUACUACAAGAGGCGCUUACAAGAAGUUGAGGCUGAAAAAGAAGCGUUGAUAGCGAACGCUAAAGAGAAAGAGGUUCUACUUGACUAUUUUUCCCGUAAAUGGAAGAUUGAAGAUUUCGUUUCCCCAGAUCAGAUCAACUUAUGGGAGCAAGAGAUUUCUAGACUUGUUCAAGAACGGGAAGAAAUGAUCAAGACACACAAGGAAGAAGUCAGAGUUCUGAAGAGGAAACGCCGCCAAGAAGACAAAGACCCUAGAAUUUAG